UUACGUCAUCGAAAGUUAUUUUCGAGCAUCGCUCCGCAUUUUCUGGGUCACCACCCAUAUCUGUCGCGCCACGCUACACAGCAUAAAAGAGCAAUGGAGCAGAACAACCACAACACAGGGACAGAUGAAGAGGAGGAGGAGGAGGAGGACUUCUUUAAUGUUACAAUCCACCGCUCAGGCUGUGCCAAGGAACACUACACCCUCCAGGAUUGCUAUGCCGAGAAAGGUGACUGGAGGAAGUGCACCAGCGAAAUGACAGGGUUCAGAGAGUGCAUGGACAGACAAAGAUCGUCAAAAUCCAACAGCACACAGAACAGAAACUCGUAGGAAAAUACAGUGCAUACAAAUUGCUAGGUAGAAUUUCUAUUGAGUCCAUCAUUUGAGUGAUCUCUAU